AUGUCGUCGAGACGCUUCAGGGAACGGUUCUUAGGUUCUACUCGCAAAUCGAGCAACAUCUCCAACGGGCCCAACCACUCCUCCACCUCCGUCGCCUCGCCCGCACCCGCUCCCUCCGCCGCCUCUCCCCAGCCGACGCACCCUCCCUCGCUCACCAACGGCAACUCCGCUCCCUCUGAGCGCAGCUCAUCUCAGACCUCGUCUAUCCCCACCCUACAGCACACGACGAGCAACACCCCGCCCGCCAACUCCACAAACCAGACCGCACCCGCCGCGUCAGCACCAACUCUUGCCAUGAGCGGCCAGCAGCCUCUUGGGCGACCUCCGUCAUACCAGUACGCGAAUACCGCUUUGGGCGCCCCCAACCCUAACGCUCAGGGCAGGCCGACCUCUCCCAUGCCUCCUCCCAUCAACACCGGCGGUGGCUACGGAGGCCACCCCGCAAACACGAAUCCGAUGUACGGCGCGAAUCCACCCAUGUAUGGCGGCCAAGCACCUCAGCACCAAGGCUAUGGCUAUCCCGCCCCGCCCGGCCAGCAAUAUGGCCAGAGAAGUCUGGCAGAAGUAGAAGGCAACCAGCGAAACAGGGCGCAGCUUAUCGUGGGCAUCGACUUUGGUACAACAUUCUCAGGUGUGGCAUUCGCGUUCGCGACCAACACCGAGGCGAAAGAAGACAUCAUUGUCGAAUGGCCAGGCGCAGGUACUCAGACCAAACAGAAGAUCCCGACUGUUCUGUACUACGACCAACACCAGCAAGUCGUUGGAUGGGGUCCAGACAUCGCAGAAGCACUGGCGCCCACCGGCUACCCAAAGCCCGGCGUACAAAAGGUGGAAUGGUUCAAGCUGCAGCUGAUGAUGAGCGGCAACACAUACAUUGACCCGAUCAACCUUCCUCCGCUCCCACCGGGCAAGUCGGAAGUCGACGUUGCCGCAGACUAUCUCUUCAAGCUUCGGCAAGCAAUGCGCAACCAGCUACAGAAGUCGCUGGGCGAGGUGUUCAACCGUGAAGAGCGCAACAUCCGAUACUUCCUCACAGUGCCUGCCAUCUGGAACGAUGCUGGCAAGGCUGCGACAAGAGCAGCCGCCAUCCAGGCUGGCUUCCUCCGCGACGAGAACGACAACCGCCUGACCCUUAUCACCGAGCCCGAAGCAGCCGCCAUGUUCUGUGCCAAGACCGGCCUCCUCAACCUCAAAGUACACGAUGCGAUAUUGAUCGUGGAUUGCGGCGGUGGUACAGUGGAUUUGAUCGCAUACGAGGUCGAAGAAGAACAACCUUUCACCGUCGCCGAGUGCACAGCAGGCUCCGGAGAUUCUUGUGGUUCGACAGCGCUCAACCGCAAUUUCUCCAACAUCCUGCGUGCAAAGAUUCGUAAGAUGAAGCUUCCUGAUGGCUCGAAGACGGCUGGCAAGGUUUACGCCAAGUGUAUCAUGGAUUUCGAGAACAGGAUCAAGGCAGACUUCCGCAACAAUGGCCAGAAAUGGGCUGUGGAUGUGGGUAUCGAGGCGGAGUUCCCGGAGGCUGGUAUUGAAGAGGGCUACAUGACCUUUACGAACGAGGAGAUUCUGCAGUGCUUCGAGCCGGUCGUGAACCGAAUAUUGGAGCUGGUUAGGAACCAGAUCAUUGCCAUUCAGGCUCAGAACAGGCUGCUGCAGAACGUCCUUGUGGUCGGUGGAUUCGGCGCAUCAGAAUACCUCUUCCAGCAGAUCAAGCUGCACGUCCCGCCGCAGUUCCAGAACAAGGUGGUCCGACCCAUGGACUCCGUCGCCGCCAUAGUCAAGGGAGCUGUCACCGCCGGUAUUACCGAGCGGGUUGUUACCUCGCGUGUGGCCCGUCGGCACUACCUCAUGGCCACCCUGCAGCCAUUCAAGGAGGGUCACCACCCGGAGCAAUACCGCGUACCUUCGCUGGACGGCAAGGACCGAUGCAAGUACACGAGACAGAUCUUCGUGCAGAAAGGACAGCGAGUGAAGAUUGGCGAGCCGGUCAAGGUUUCGUUCUUCCGGCAGGUGGCGCCAGGCGCGACGCUGAUGUACGAGGAUGUGCUGUAUGCUUGUGACGAGGACGUCUGCCCGGAGUAUACAAAGGAUCCUCGUAUAAAGGAGAUCGUCACCCUCACCUCGGAUCUCAGCCGCAAGAACCUCGAGAAGGACUUUGAGCGCAUGGACACCCCGCAGGGCACCUUCUACCGCGUGUACUUCGACAUCUACCUGACGCUGGACGGUUCCGAGUUCAACGCCGAGCUGGUGUGCCAGGGAGAGGUCAUGGGAAGAUGCUCUGCCAGAUUCAGAUAA